UCUCCCUUGGUUGAUACAGAGGGCAUGGGAUUCCCAUAAAAUGGAGGCAAUAGACGGCAAUGCGUAAUACCACCCAAGAGACGCAGACGAACAACACUUUUCAACUCCUCCCUUUCGCCUUCCCUCCCUCGAUUUUACCUCGCCUUCUUGACUGCUUUUUAUUUAGGCAUGUAGCAAGUUGGGACAUUUCACUUCGCGCGCUUCAUAAAUGUGGGUUCGUUUCCUCAUUUUUCAACCCAUGCACAUAUUUUGACACUGGCUUGCCUCUCUGUUCUACUGUCGUCUUUCAGCGAAGAACGACGUCUUUGCCAAUUAUUAGGCGACAUUUGUAGGCUACCUUGGCUGUCACAUGUAUAAUUUAGUACGUAGACUGUGAUAAGAAGAUUUUGGACCGAAGAACGGUGUGGAUUUGGCUUUAGCUGUUCACAUCACAGACAGGUUAUUACGGCAAGGGCAGACACACCACGAGGACAGGGAAGAGGAGGAUGACGGAAGGAUAAACGACAGGAGGAGAGGACCAGGAAGGAACGCGGAGAGGGAGGGAUGAGAAAGAGACUGAAAUAAGAGGAGGAAGCGGAACUCCAAAGUGCCUACUGUGAGUGGCUGGCUGCAAGUCCAGUGCUUGGCUGCGUAAGUGUUCGGCUGCUGCUGUGUUGCUGUCGCUGUCCGCCUGGCGCUGCGUGGGAGCCCUCCUCUGAGCCGUCCAGGGUAGGUGAGAGAGGAGCGCUGUGUGUGUUUGGCCUUGAACGAGGAUAUAUUUCACCCUGACAGCCAGAGAGUCAUCCGUCCUCCUGCUGAUCUGCAACCCCCUCCCCCCCCCUCCUCCCCACCCGCCACCUCGGCUCAUCAAUACAAGGACACUGGUCGAUAAGGCUGUGUGUUCUUUCUAUCUUUCCGUUUCCCUAACGACCUGAAUCAGCCGUACUUAUCGCUCCAGUCCCGAGUGCAUCGCGAAACUCACCGUGCGGACGUGAGUAUGACUGUGAGAGACUGUGGAUAUCUGAGGUGAUUUGGGUGUGUAAAGACACAGUCGAUUAUAGGGAGUGGCCUGAGGGGAGAAAGAUAUUGAAACUGACGGUGACAGACUCAUCAGGACACAGAGGGUACAAGAAGACGUCAUCUGAAUGCCUCCUUGUAGGACAACGCCUGUCCAAACUACGUUUCCCAGAAUGCCACACUGAGGAGCCCUCUCUUGUGAUGAGACAGAGCUGGCCUCUGCUCACUACCUAGGCCUGUUAUCUCAACCUGAAACCCAUAGAUCUCUCACCUGGACUGGCCCUGGAAGAAUCGAGACGAGUCCUACUCAUCUAAAAACCCAAAAGGACCUGCUUUUGAGUUGUGCCCGGGAUAACUUGAUUUUUACUCUCUUGCCAAGGAGUUUUUGUCCGUACAUUUGAGUGUUCCAUCACUUGCCCUUGUGUACACAGUCUUAUUUUUUCUUCACUUUGCUCUUCGCACCACACGUCUGCCAUCUGUGUGUGUGAGAGGCCGUGAGAGGCCGUGAUGGCGGUUAGUAUGGCCAUGGGGCGGGACACUAAAUGGCUGACCCUGGAGGUGUGUCGGGAGUUCCAGAGAGGCACCUGCUCGCGGUCGGAUGCCGAGUGCAAGUUUGCCCACCCUUCCCGCAGCUGCCACGUGGAGAAUGGCCGAGUCAUCGCCUGCUUCGACUCACUCAAGGGCCGCUGCACGCGUGACAACUGUAAAUAUCUGCACCCCCCUCCGCACCUCAAGACGCAGCUGGAGAUCAACGGCAGGAACAACCUGAUCCAGCAGAAGACAGCAGCCGCCAUGUUGGCCCAACAGAUGCAGUUCAUGCUGCCAGGGGCCCAGCUGCAGCCAAUAACCACGUUCCCGGUGAGUCCGUCCCUGGCUACCAGUCCCAGCAUGGCAUUCAGCCCCUAUCUGAGCCACAUGGGUCCAGGCAUGGGCCUGAUGCCUGAGCUGCUGCCCAGCGGGCCCCUGCUGGUCCCAGGGAGCCCCACCGGCCUGGCCAACAUGGGCAACGGCAGCUCUGCACACAAACACAUGCGUACAGACAAGCUGGAGGUGUGUCGUGAGUUCCAGCGGGGUAACUGCACGCGGGGCGAGAGUGACUGCCGCUACGCCCAUCCCCUGGAGGCAGCCAUGGUAGACGGCAGUGAGAACUCGGUCAUCGUCUGCAUGGACUACAUCAAGGGCCGCUGCAGCCGCGACAAGUGCAAGUACUUCCACCCCCCUGCUCACCUGCAGGCCAGGAUCAAGGCUGCCCAGCACCAAGCCAGCCAGAACGCCGCCACUGGCACCAUGGCCCUGCCCCCUGGGGCCAUGCAACCGCUACCAAAGAGGCCCUCUCUGGAGAAGAGCAACGGAGCGGCGGCUGUCUUCAACCCCAGCAUGUUCCACUACCAGCAGGCCCUGGCUAACAUGCAGCUGCAGCAGCAAGCCUUCAUCCCCACUGGUGCUACCAAGUUGCGAGCACCUUCACGCUUGUGCUGCUGUAGUAUAGAGAGAAUGUACACAUCCCAGUGUGACCCACGCUUCCAUCUCCCCCAGCUCCUCCUCCACCAGGUGCACACACUCCCAGAGUGACUAGUAAUACUGCACACACACGACAGCAACUAGCUUAUCAGAGGCAGACCAUCAGCGCUCUCAGUGUAUAUCUGCAUCCCGUGUCCUCCACCGCUCUUCCUCCCUUGUUCUGCGUGUCAUGUGUGUGUGCGCGUGCGUGCGUGUGUGUGUAUAUGCGCACCCCCUCAGGCCUCCAUAUUGCGUCCGCUGUGUGUUGUACCUGUGACAGCCUCGACAUGGCUCACCUUGUUCCUGUCGCUUGCACUAACCUGAAUGUUGUUUUUGUCUUGUCGAUUCCCACAAUCCCACCUCCUUCCUCCCCUCACCCUCCUUCUUUCCCCCUUACCGCCCCCUCACUUCUGCAUGC